AUGCCGCCAUCUCUUCUGUUCUGGACUGUGGCCUGUGCCACGUUGCUCUCUGCCGACGCCGCGCUCUCUGUCGAGAAUGGCGCACGUGCUCUGCAAGUCGACCCGCGCGCCUCGUGGCCGGCUCUCACCAUCUUUGUCACUGCGGAGGACGCCAGCCCAUGGUCCUCUUACGAGAUGUCGGCGAAACCAAUAGUCGAGCGCGCCAGUAACAGGGUGCUCUACGAUGUCAGCGCCAACUUCGACUCUGGAAAUGGCAACAAAAGUCCUUUUUCCUCGUACACUGCGAGCGGUGGCACUGUCUUCAUGAACUACAUCAACGCCGGACAGGACCCCCUAUGUCUAAACUCGGAAACGGACGGAUACCCCAUCCCGCCGAUCAAUGCGAUUGUCAGAGCGAUCGCGGAACGUCACGAUAACACAACUGGCACUUCAAGUGUGUGCUCGACAGAAUACACCAUCGAGACUCAGGGCACCUCAUUCAAGGUGUGUUUCGUCAACGACCAAGCCAACAAGCUCAGGGUCACCGGCGGCAAAUUGACUGUGGUCAUCUCGCGUGUUGACAGAUCGGCCGUACCGGAUUUGGGUAGCCCAUCAGCGGGUUGCAAAAGAGUGAUUGACGGCUUUAAUGUGAAUACUGGAGGGAAAGCCGAGUUCUUUAUGGAGCUUGCGCGUUAA